ACAAAUAUAUUGGUUAUAAGUGCAGAAAUAACAUUGAAAAUAAAACUGCAUGUUCAGUUGUCACCCAUACUAUCCGGGGAACAAUUUAUGUACAUUUCGGCGUUCAAAUCGUCGUAGUCUGUACCGUAUUUCUGACUGACAUUUCUUACUCUCUUACUCGGCCCACGAAAGGUUAGAUUUACCCUUUAACCAACAUGUCUGGCUUUAUUGACUCUGAGGCUGAAGAAAGUGAAGACGAAGAAUUUGAGAAAAAGACCACGAAACGGAAAACAAUUGAUAGUGACGAUGAUGACGAAGAUGAUGAUGAGGGAGAUGGGGAGGACUUAAAAGAUCUUAUCGAUGAUAAUCCAAUUGAGGAAAGUGGGGACGAAUCAGAUGCAUCUGCUGGGUCAAAAAAGAGAAAGAAAAGUGAUGACGAAGAUGACCUGGAUGAUCGUCUAGAAGACGAAGACUAUGAUUUGCUAGAGGAAAACCUUGGUGUUAAAGUAGAGAGAAAGAAACGAUUUAAACGUUUGAAGCGCAUAACGGCUGAUGAAUCUGAAGACGAGCAAGAGGAAGACAGAGGAGAUGAAAGGGAUGUAGUGGCAAAUGAGCUGUUUGAAGGGUCAGAUAAUGAGGCUGAUGAAAGGGAAGAAGAUCGGUCCUCAGAGCGUCGAGAUGAAACUGCAGGCGAUUUUGAUGAAGAGGGUGAUGAAGAAGGAGAUGAUUAUUCAGACGCUGACGAUUUUAUUGUUGAUGAUGAAGGGCGGCCUAUCACCGAUAAACGUAAAAAGCGAAAACCUAUUUUUACGGAUGCGGCUCUUCAAGAAGCACAAGAUAUCUUUGGAGUUGAUUUUGACUAUGACGAGUUUGAUAAAUAUGAUCAAGAAGAGGAGGAGUAUGAAGAAGAUGAAGAUUACCAAGAAGAGGAUGAUCCAGGAAGAAGGAGGAAAGCAAAGAAAAAAGCAGCAAAGAAAACAUCAAAGAAAUCUAUAUUUGAAAUUUAUGAACCUAGCGAACUAAAGAGAGGUCAUUUUACUGAUCUGGAUAAUCAGAUUCGUAACACAGACAUACCAGAAAGGAUGCAGUUACGUGAUACACCAGUAACACCAGAAUGUGAUGAAAAGUUAGAAGAGGAAGCCACUUGGAUCUACAAGCAAGCCUUUUGCAAACCCUCUAUUUCAACUCAGCAUGGUUUAAAUUCUGAGAGUGAUAAGACAAGAAAAGAACCAAGUGCUACACAAUACAAGAUUAAGAAAGCUCUUGAUUUCAUGAGAAAUCAAAGUUUGGAAGUUCCUUUUAUUGCGUUUUAUAGGAAAGAGUAUGUCUCUCCAGAGCUCACACUAAGUGAUCUAUGGAAGGUGUACAAGUAUGAUGAAAAGUGGUGUCAGUUAUUGGCACGCAAACAAACACUUAUUAAACUGUUUGAGAAAAUGCGUGAUUAUCAAGGGGAGCAGCUAACUAAGGACAGCACAGCAGACAUUCCUGAAGAUGUCAGAGUUUUGACAGAUGAUGAUAUUGACCGAGUGCGAGCCGUUCAGACUCCAGAAGAACUCCGAGAUGUUCACAUGCAUUUUCUCCUGUAUUACUCUCAUGAGGUUCCAGCUAUGCAAAUAGCAUGUAAAACUAAAGAGAAACUUGAGCGACAGCAACGUAAAGAAGCACAACGUAAUCGUCGGGAGAGAAGGAAGAAAAAGAAAACAAUAGUUAAUGAUGAUGGUGAAGAAGAGGAGGUUACUGAUGAGGAUGUAGAGGAUGAUGAUGAUCUUGAAGAUGAGGAAGAUGAUGUUGAGGAGGAUGAACCUCAAGAUCAAGUGAAACAGGCUGUUAGGUCUGGACCAUAUAGCAUGUGUCGGAAAGCACGGUUAGCAGGAUUUGCCAAACGGUUUGGACUCUCCCCUGAACAAUUUGCUGAAAAUCUGAGAGAUAAUUACCAACGACAUGAGGUGGAACAGGAAUCUGUUGAACCUCUUGCUUUGGCUAAAGAAUAUCUCUCUGCGCAAUUUCCGAAUUCUGAAGAAGUCUUGAAGGCUGUAAAGUACAUGGUUGCUGCACAAUUGUCAAGGGAGCCAUUGGUACGGAAAUGUGUCAGAGAGGCGCUUUUCGAGCGUUCCAAAAUUGAUGUUGUACCCACCAAGAAGGGUAUAAAGGAAAUAGAUGAAAACCACCCUAUUUAUGGAUUGAAAUAUUUGAAAGGGAAACCAGUUCGUGACUUGUCUGAUGAACAGUUUUUGAAACUGGUUAUGGCUGAGGAAGAAAAGAACAUAACUAUUUCAUUCUCUGACCAAAUAGAAGGCUUGACCACUGCUUCUUUUAUUGAAGAAGCCAAGCAACUUUACCUAAGGGAUGAAUUUAUCAAACAUGUCCAAGAAUGGAAUACAAUUCGGGUAGAAUGUGUUGAUCUUGCUCUUCGUAAAAUGUUAAUUCCUGAAAUAAGAAAGGAACUGAAGAGUGUCUUACACAAUGAGGCAAAGGAUUGUGUUCUGCGGUCCUGUUGCCGGCGUUUGUACAAUUGGAUUAAGGUUUCACCCUACACUGUUGAGUUCCCAGAUGAAGAUGAAGAUGAUUAUGACACGUCGAAGGGGCUUCGUGUCAUGGGUCUUGCAUAUGUGCCUGAUUAUUCCCAAGCUGCGUUUGCGUGUAUUGUUGCCCCAGAUGGGGAGGUGACUGACUACCUACGGUUGCCAGGCAUUUUAAAGAGGCGCAAUGGUUACAGGGAAGAUGAUAAGCUUCAAAAGGAGGCAGACCUUACUGCAGUACGCAAUUUCAUCUCAACCAAAAAGCCUCAUGUUAUUGUUGUCGGUGGAGAGAGCAGAGAUGCAUUAAUGGUUGUCCAGGACCUGAAAAAUGUUGUAAAAGAUUUGGUGGAGGAUGAUCAAUUUCCUUCCAUCAAUGUUGAAAUUGUUGACAAUGACCUUGCCAAAAUUUUUGCCAACUCUAUUAAGGCAGAGAAUGAGUUCAGAGAUUAUCCUCUGCUUUUGAGGCAAGCCAUAUCGCUUGCACGCCGGUUACAAGACCCAUUAAUAGAGUACUCUCAACUGUGUACUAGUGAUGAGGAAAUUUUAUGUCUUCGGUUUCACCCCCUUCAGGACCAAUUGGCCAAAGAAGACUUACUUGAAGCACUAUACCUAGAAUUUGUAAAUCGAACCAACGAAGUUGGAGUAGAUAUUAAUGUUGCUGUUCAAACCGGUCAAACUGCCAACCUUGUUCAGUUUAUUUGUGGACUUGGUCCUCGUAAGGGAACAGCACUAAUCAAGCUUCUGAAGCAAACCAACCAGCGUUUAGAAAACCGUACCCAAUUAGUAACAUCUUGUCACAUGGGACCCAAGGUUUUUAUUAAUUGUGCUGGAUUUAUACGCAUUGACACAAACUCAUUAGGAGACAGUACUGAAGCAUAUGUAGAGGUUCUUGAUGGAUCUCGUGUUCAUCCUGAAGCUUAUGAAUGGGCAAGGAAAAUGGCAGUGGAUGCAUUGGAGUAUGAUGAUGAGGAUGCCAAUCCUGCUGGAGCAUUAGAGGAAAUUUUGGAGUCUCCAGAGAGAUUAAAAGAUCUUGACCUGGAUGCUUUUGCUGAAGAACUUGAAAGACAAGGCUUUGGCAAUAAGAGCAUAACCUUGUAUGAUAUUAGAAAUGAACUUAACCACAGGUACAAGGAUAUGCGUACUCCAUUUGCCUCCCCUAACCCAGAAGAACUUUUUGACAUCUUAACCAAGGAGAAUCCAGAAACAUUUUAUCUUGGGAAAAUGAUUUUAGCUACUGUAAUAGGCAUUCAACACCGCAAACCACAACAUGAGCAACUAGAUAAUGCAAACCCUGUCAGAAAUGAUGAGACUGGUUUGUGGCAAUGUCCUUUUUGUUUGAAAAAUGAUUUCCCAGAGCUGUCUGAAGUUUGGAAUCAUUUUGAUGCUGAAACAUGUCCUGGAAAGGCCACCGGCGUGAAGUUGCGUCUUGACAAUGGUAUUCAAGGUUAUAUUCACAUUAAAAACUUGUCUGAUAAACAUGUCAGUAAUCCUGAAGAAAGAGUGAAAACAAACCAGAUAAUUCACUGUCGGAUAACAAAGAUUGAUGUGAAUAGGUUUUCUGUUGAGUGUACCUCCAAAUCUUCAGACCUCAUGGAUGCCAACCAUGAAUGGAGACCAAAUCGAGAUCCAUACUAUGAUACAGACAGAGAGGCAAAGGACAAGAAAACAGAGGAGGAUACAAAGAAGAUGAAACAGCAACAUGCCUACAUCAAGCGAGUUAUUGUUCAUCCUUCAUUCCAUAACAUUUCGUUUAAGGAAGCUGAAAAACUCAUGGCUACUCUUGAUCAGGGUGAAUGUAUUGUCAGACCAUCUAGUAAGGGAGCAGAUCAUUUGACUGUUACUUGGAAAGUAGCUGACAACAUAUAUCAACAUAUUGAUGUAAGAGAGGAAGGUAAAGAGAACUCUUUUUCACUUGGUCAAUCUUUGUGGAUUGGCAAGGAUGAGUUUGAAGACCUUGAUGAAAUCAUAGCUCGACAUGUUAAUCCCAUGGCUUCACAUGCUCGUGACUUGAUUUCAUUUAAAUAUUACCGUGAAACAAUGGGAGGUAAAAAAGACAAAGCUGAAGAAAUAUUAAAGGAUGAAAAACGGAGAAAUCCGAGCAAGAUUCAUUAUAUAAUAUCAGCAACUCAGUCGCUCCCUGGAAAAUUCAUGCUUUCAUAUAUACUUAAUCGAUGCCGGCAUGAAUAUGUGACAGUUACACCUGAUGGAUUUAGAUUUAGGCAACAAAUGUUUGAAAAUUUGAACGCACUUUUCAAGUGGUUCAAAGAACAUUUCAGAGAUCCUAUUCCUGGAAGCACGCCAAGUACUCCUCGUGCUGGGAUGACUAGCAGAACACCCUUCCCAGCAACUCCAAAUCUUAGCAUGGCUAAUAUUGACCCUGCCAUUCAACGAGUUGCGCAAAGUAUGCCGACCCAUAUGCUGCACAGCUUGUCACAGGUGGCCAGUCAGACUCCACAUUACUCUCAUACUCCUGGUGUUUAUGGAGCUGCUAGUGUUCAUGGCUACCCUAAUACUCCCUACACACCAUCAGGCCAAACACCUUUCAUGACACCUUAUGCGACACCACACCAUGCUACGCAAACACCUCGAUAUGGUCAACCUACUCCAUCACAGAUGACAGCCGGAUUUCUGCACCCAGGUGCUGUUACCCCAGCACAAACAGCACAUCGAACACCAUCACACAGACCAGCUCCAACACCCACACCCCAUCAACCUCAUGUUGCUCACUCUUCACACAGCAGAUCAGGCACAACUCCUCGCUAUGAUGAGGGAAGAAGGUCGACCACUCCCCGAUACGAUAGUACACCUAGAGGCUCAGUGUCAGGAAGUCCUUACGUACCAGGAGGAGGAAGUGGAACACCACGAAGUGAAUCGAGCAGAUCAGGCUACAAGCGAUAUGAGCAGAGCCCAAGAGUACCAGGAAGUAGUGGUCACUUUAGUCGCAGUGGUACACCUCGCUCUAGUCCUGCUGUGGGAUAUGGGCAACAUCCUCGCAUUACUGGUUAUGAGACAAGAUCACCUCAUGGCUCUAUGUCUGCAAGAUCAACACCUAGAACUAUAGCCUCACCAGAAUCAAUGGUCGAAAGUACUGGUGAUGCUACCCCCCUCAUUGACGAACAUUAGUAAAAUUAAUUUGUAUGUAUAUAUUUCCUCUCUAAAGCCUCUUCCUAUGAGAAUUAAAAUUUUCCUAGGAAAUUCUAUGUUUACAUUUGAUUAUCCUUUUCUUAUUGUACAGAAUAUGAUUAAUGCUUUAAUUUUCUACGGUGUUGACUGCUUAAUGUUAACUGGAAUAUGUAUUUUUAGUAGCAAUAGUAUGUUUUAUUUUUUAAUUCCUGGCUUGUAGGGUAUGACAAAUUAUCCUCUAAAAUAUGUGGCUCUUGCAUGUUUUUAUUAAAUAUUAUGAUCGCAGUGCUGUAUCAAGAUGGUAGAUUAGUUCAAAUCAAAGUAAGAACAGAGGUUGCUCUUUUUGUCUUAGGUAUUCUUAUUAAGCAUAGUUCUUCCUCUAGGAUUUUGGAAAUAAUGAACUUUCCUAAUUGAUCACUGGCGUGGCAAUGUUUGUGUUGAAUGAUACAAGAAAUACAUUGUGGUCUUCCUGUUGCUCAAAACUACAUACUGACCAUGUAGAUUGAUUGACUGUGAAUCUUCUGUGUAAGGCCAGUUUAGGUUUAUCAUGAAAUGAACUGAAUCAAAAACUA